GGCAGCUGCAACAUACGCUAAUGCCACUGAGUGGCGUACCUUAUCAUUUCUCUAUCGACUCCAUAAAUUCUCAGCAUACUUACCCCUAUAUUUGGCUCUGUUUAUCUUCGCAGAUGCUCUAAAUCUGUAUUUGUUUUCCAGAAGCCGCUCUCUGCUAUCGACGUUUUUGAGUGAUCAGCGCACACAUGGCGCUCUUCUACGAUGUCUGGAAGAGCAGAGACACCACACUUAUGCGUCUACAGAAGCUUCUCGAUGACGCUGAGGCCCAAGCUGAUACUGAGCGCACCGCAGCAACGCACAUCCAGCGCCUCUUCCGAGGACAGCGUGUUCGCGCUGCUGUGACUGCCCAAACGGAUGCCGAACUUACGAUCUCGCGCGUGUUUCGCGGACACCUUGCACGACAACAGUGUAAACGUCUACGCGCUGACGUGGAGCGAACACAUCGCCGUGUAGUAUUGGAUUUCUACGCUGUAGUCAUUCAGAAAAUUGCACGAGGAGUCCAAAGUCGGACACGUCGUCUGGAUUUCCGAAAACGCAAAGCUUACAUUAGUGAGCUUGCAGCCAAGGGGGAUACCAUGCGUCGUAUGUUAGACGAGAAUCUCCGCAAACAGCAAGAACAGGAAAAAUUAGACACCGAAAAGGCAGCAAGAGAGGAACUUGUGAAGAUCACUCAAGAUCUCCACCACUUGGUGAGUACUCGUGCGGUCGCGGGCAUCUUCAACUCGCCCACGCAAGCAGCGACCGCCACAAGUUUCGGUGUUCCAGUAGAGAGCCAUAUACGCGAAAAUGCUCAUCGGGUGGUGACGUCAAGGCUUGCUAAUGCCCGACCACCGUCGAGGUUAGCGCCGUACCCACCUUCAAACAAAACUACACUGCAAGCUACCGGUCCCUACGAUGCUAUACAACAAGAGAAACGCAAGCAAACGAAGUAUCAUAAACUUCGACGUAUCGGCAGUUCAGACUUUGCAGCUGUCUACAAUCCAGAGCAAGACGUGGCUCGGAAGCGUAAUGCCCCGGGUAUUAACUCUGGCACUGAAUAUGUGGACGAGUGGCGGAAUCCCUAUAAGAAACGAGGAGUGCCUCGCAACAAGCGCGACCUGUUGCCACAGCUGACUACACUAGGACGAUAUCCAGAUACUCCGUUCUAUUUGACAUAUGGAGGCAACAAGAGCAAAGUGCUAGCGAAUGACCGCUUCGACGUGUAAAAUGAAAUAUAUAUCAGAUGAAAAAUGGGUGCAUCUCGCGAAAUUUGGGAACGCGAGACUUGAAAAGGUCAUUUUUCUUAUUCGUCGCUGAUCUUCUUGAGCUCGUUCAUGUUGGUACCGGCCAGACGCUCGCCUUGAGUGCCAGUAAAUAAAAAUAUCCAUUAAUUCGUCCACAUUUCACUGCAAAUCUUGCAAUAACGUACCA